AUGUCCACCACAACCCAACAACAUCAACACCAAGAACCCCAAGAAUCCCAAGAACAAGAAAACACCCACACCCUCCCCAAACCCCCCUACAACCCAAUAAUAAACCCCUCCAACACGCGCCCAAUCCUCGCAGACGAACAAACCUCCCUAAAAUCACACAUCUUCCUAACCCGCCCCUACAUCUCCACCCUCCUAUUCGAAAACGCCACUUCCGAUGCGCGCGACCACUGCGCCAACGAGCGGACUUUCCUCUCCUGGCUGCGUCUCUCAAUGUACCUAGCCAUCGUGGCCAUCGCCAUCAUAAUCAGUUUUCAUUUCCAGACCCCGCCAACGGGGCUGGAGCGGCGGAUGGCGUUACCGCUGGGGAUUGUCUUCUGGGUGUUGAGUAUUGCGUGUCUGGUGAAUGGGUUUGCGAAUUAUGUGCGCACGGUGAAGAAGUAUAGUCGGAAGGCGGCGCUCGUGCAGAGUGGGUGGAAGACGCAGGUGACGUUUACGGUGGUCGGGACGGUGAUUUUGGGGAGUUGUGUGUUGUUUUUGGCUACGGAUGCUAGUACGAAUUGA